GAUGAAUAAAUGCGCGUUGUGCUGCAGAUUUUUAGACCUGAACUGGUACUCUGCACCUUGAUUUGAUGGCUCCUCUGAGAAAAACACAAGUUGAUAGUUUGCUCGACGAGUUGGGGCCACACGUGAACACAGACCAGGGCAAGGUGUCCCUUGGUGUACAAGCUUAUACAAAGCUCUUCACUGCCUAUCCACAGCAUAUCAAUCUGUUCUCUCGGCUACAAGGCCUAGAUAUAACCAAUGUCGUCCAGUCUGAAGGAAUCAAGUACUACGGAAGAACAUUAAUUGAUGAUAUUGUGAAGAUGGUGAAAGCAGCCGCUGACGAUGCGCAGUUUAAAAAGGCAGUAGAAGAAAAUGGAGAAAACCACGUGACACGAAAUGUGACCAAGGAUCAAUUCAUGAGUGGAGAGUCAAUCUUCAUCGAGUUUUUCAAGUCUGUUCUAAAUAAACCGGAAAACAAAGAUGCCAUAGAGAAGCUUUUGAAAAUCAUUUUUUCUACGGCCUCCAACUACCUCCCGUGAAUAAAAUAUGUGGCCAAUACACUGAUAGAAAUUGUUGUUCUACUGAUUUCAUAAUUAAAACCAUACAUACC